UCGCCGCUAUGCAGAAGCUGUUCUGUCUGUGUGUCCUGGUGUGUGCGUCCGUCGCGUCUUCGCCCCGAAAACUCAGCGACGUCGAGGCCUUCGCCAAAUCCGAGAUCACCCCCGACGUGGUCCCCAUAGCCCCCACCAAACUCCUCAAAGUGGAAUACAAAACCAAAGAAGUCCAACUAGGCAACCAAAUAACCCCCAAAGAAGUGCGAGAUGAGCCCAAAGUCACCUACACCGGCGAACCGCAAGCCUUCUACACUCUGGUGAUGACAGACCCAGACGCCCCCAGCCGCCAGAAACACCCCAUGAGAGAAUGGAACCACUGGCUGGUCGGAAACAUUCCAGGAUCCGACGUCUCCAAAGGCGAAGUCUUGACCGAGUACGUGGGCUCCGGACCCCCCAAAGACACCGGUUUGCACCGCUACGUGUUCCUCCUGUACAAACAGCCAGGGAAGAUCACGUUCGAGGAGGAGCACAAGAGCAACACCAACGGGAAGAGAGGGAAGUUUUCGACGGAGGAGUUUGCCAAGAAGUAUAAUUUGGGGGAUCCGGUUGCUGGGAACUACUUCCAGGCGGAGUUCGAUGAUUCUGUGCCUGCUCUGCACAGGCAGUUGCAUUGAGAUGGAGUCUAGGAGUUGUUUAAUCUCUCUAUUGUAUUUUGCUUUAAUUUUUUAUUUGUUUCGGGCGGAUGCACAGACGUAAAUGAAUAAAAAAUUUACCAGGAAA